ACAGUUACUAAACCACUGAACAAAGUCCAGGCAGUAGGAAAAAGUAAAAGUUCAGGGGAAAGGAUGGCUCCGUUAGCUCGUAGCGUAUUGGUGACCGGUUCCAAUCGGGGAAUCGGACUUGAACUGAUCCAACAACUGGUGAAGAUGGCUGAGCCUCCAGAACAUAUCUUUGCAACUUGCCGGACCCCAACUGGAUCUCCAGGGAAGAUCUUGAAUGAUCUCGCUAGCAAGCAUUCCAACAUUCACAUCAUCCAACUGGAGGUGGAGGAUCAAUCCAGUGUGAAGGCAGCUGCUUCGGCGGUUGAGUUGCUUCUACAUGGUAAAGGCUUAAACCUGCUGAUCAAUAAUGCCGGUGUGAACUCCUAUGCCACUCUGGAAACUGUGGAGCAGCAAGAGAUGCUGUCUGCUUUCAACACCAAUGUGGUAGGGCCCAUCCUUGUGGUUAAGGAAUUUCUACCUCUGCUGAAGAAAGCAGCUCGAGAGGCAGCUAUAGAGGAGAUGAGCUGCCAGAGGGCAGCCAUCAUAAAUAUAACCUCCAAGUUGGCCUCCAUUGAAAGGGGCUUUGAAGUCAUGAAGGCACCGAUGUACCCUUAUCGUGCAAGCAAGGCUGCUUUGAACAUGGUGACGGUCUGCUUCGCUUUGGAACUAAAAGAGGAAGGGAUCUUGUGUAGUCUAAUCCAUCCCGGCUGGGUGAAAACAGACAUGGGAACACAGCAGGCUCCUGUGACUGUGCAGAACAGUGUGCGAGGCAUCCUCAAUGUGCUGGCGAAUUUAUCAUCAGCCUCCAAUGGGGCCUUUCUCGACUGGGAAGGCAACACACUCCCUUGGUGAGAUAUGCUUGUCCUAUCCACCAAGAAAAAAAAAGGUGUUGGGUAUAUUGAUCUUUUUUAAAAUUGUAUUUUUGUAGCACUGUUGUGUUUUUUGUGUUUGUAUCAUGUAUGGUUUAUAAUGCAUUUGCUGUAAGUUACCAGGGUAGUUCUGAUUUUGAUGGUAUAGAAAUAUGUUUAAUCAACCAACCAACCAACUAACCAUCCAACCAACCAACCAACUAUUCAACCAACCAACUGUCCAACCACCAACCAAUCAAUCAAGAUGGAAAUUUUCACUAGGGAGUGACCUCCAACUUUUAACUUGUUUGUAUUGUAGAUAAAGUCCUUGGCUGGAAUAAAUUUCAAUUCUAAAUUAGUUGUGGGUUUGUCAUCCAUAAAUUUGACUUACCUCUGCUGGAAAUAAUGCAACAUAAAGUAUUCUCCAGCUCUUUUCUGUGAUUCUUAGUUGCUAUAUUGUUAUUAUACUUGGUUGCAUAGUCUGCCAAAUGUUUAGACUGGAUUUGGCAUUUUUGUCUACCUAUCAAGCCUUUCUCAAGGACUUGAGAUCGGCAAAUGUUGUUGUUUGAUGAUGUUAGAGGUUGCCAUGGGAUGUAAGUAAGUAAAACUGCCUUUGCAAUUGACAGAUGAUUUUGUCAAUGUUGAUGGUGUUCAAGUGAUGUUCCAGAUGUUUUGGAACUGAACCCAAGGCACCACCACUAUUGUUACUAUUAUUAUAAUCAUGAUUGGUCACACAACCAGUCAGAUGUUUCGACUGGGUUUGACAAUUUUAUCUACCAAUUGCAUUGGUUCUGCAGUCAGCCAGAUGUUUAGAUUGAGUUCAGUUGUUUUUAUCACACAGCAAGUUAUUAUUAUUAUUAGGCUUAUUUUGGUUUUCUUUUGUGAAGCACCCAUCUAAAGUCUAAGUCAUCCAUACAUGACUCCAGUUGCUUAAACUACCUGCUGUUCAACAGUUAGGCCAGGAAGUCAUAUUUUAAGACUUUAAAUAUUAAAACAUGGAUGUGUGACCAAGUAUUUAUUGUCUAUAGAUAUAUGGCGGUGAGGGAAUAGAUUC